AUGACUGCGUUGCUUACCCUCCAGAAUAUAGAGACCUACUAUGGUCCCAUUAUGGCGAUCCGCGGGGUCAGUCUCGAGGUUAACUCUGGCCAGAUUGUGACGAUUCUAGGGGCCAAUGGUGCGGGUAAAACCACCGUGCUAAAGACAAUCAGCGGUGCGAUCGAUCCGCAAAAAGGGCAGGUAUUGUUUGAGGGCAAAGAGAUUCAGGCCUCCGAUCCCGACAAAGUGACCCGAAUGGGCAUUGCACAUGUGCCCGAAGGGCGCGAAGUGUUUCCGUUUCUCAGUGUUGAGAAAAACCUGCUCAUGGGUGCGUUUACGCGUCAGGACGGGGAGAUCCGGCAGGACCUUGAAUUAGUCUACAACUAUUUUCCGGUGCUCAAAGACAAGACCGAACAAGCGGCCGGGUUUCUAUCCGGCGGGCAGCAGCAAAUGUUGUCGAUAGGCCGGGCACUCAUGUUACGACCGAAGCUGAUGCUGUUGGAUGAACCUUCUCUGGGGUUAUCACCAGCGUUGGUCAAUGAGAUUGGUCUAAUUAUCAGGCGGCUACGAGGCGAGCAGGGCGUCACGAUCUUGCUGGUGGAGCAGAAUGCUCGAAUGGCGCUCGAGUUGGGCGACUUUGGUUACGUGAUGGAACUGGGCCGAGUAGUGAUGGAAGACAGCUGCGAACGUUUGCGAGCGUCCGAAGAUGUUCAGGAGUUUUACUUGGGCAUGAGCGACCAGGGUGUCCGUGGUACUCGCCGUUGGAAGAAGCGAAAGACAUGGCGAUGA